GAGUAGUUAACCAUAACAGUGGGGAAUCAACUUGUAGCAACAAUUCUAACGCGUGUGUGAUGCUUAUUUCUUUUAAGAGCCAUAAAUUUGUUAAUAAAAUAAGAAAAUUGGCCGUUAAGUGGUGGUGAAAUAGUGAAUUGGAGGUGCUAUGAUUCAGGAAACUGGAAUCAUCAAAAUGAGGCAACACGUUUGGACACUAGCAGUACUGGCCUGUCUUGUCGCUUUCUGUAACGUCGCCGAAAGUAGAUCACUUGUUAAAAGACAAGCGAACGGGGGACACGAUGUAUAUGCACAUGGACACGAACAUGGGUACGCAGAUAAGAAGAAAGUGGAGGCCGCCUUCGGGAUUAAGAACGCUAUUUUAGGUUUCGUCUUUAACAAACCGUCAACCGGCUUUGCCUGGGACCAAACCACAACCACCACCCCUAAAGCUCCCACCACCACUGAAGAUAUUGUCAUUUUUGAAAAAGACCAAAAAGUCUCUCUUGACGUUCCCGGCGAACUAUUCGCUUCUUCCUACACCCUGGUUACAAACCUCUCAAAUACAGUAGGAGAAUUCAUGAUAAAUUCGGCUUUGAGGGCGCAACGGUUGCUGGAGUCGAUGAGACCAUUUUUGAGGAAAGUUUUCGGUGCCAAAGGUAUUGUGAUUGAAGCCACGACUGAUAAACCCAUCUUCUCUGACCCUAAUUCUAGUUAAUUCGUUUUAUUGCUUAUUUUUACUUGUGAUGGAAAAGUCAGUAAUGCCAUUGUUAUUUUAGUUUGUAAAAUGUAAAUAUUGUUGAUAAUAAUAGCCUCGCAGUGACACUGAUAUAUGUCUCAUCGAUUGGGUGCAUUACCCAACAAAAUAAAUGUAAUUUUGAAAUUGUCUAAGUAAUUGUUGUUGAAAUAUCAAGUAAUUAUUACAUGUAUUUUAAUGUAAAUUUCAAGUUUUGUUGCCUAGUUAGUUUAUUUAAGAAAUGAAGGUUACUUGAAUGUAGUUACGUUUACAUUAUUCAUUAUAUUAAUAAAUUGACCUGUAUUGCAUUCUUUUUUCACUGUGCAUUUGUUUUUCUAUAAAAUUGUAAAAGGUGAUUUGAACAGUUAUAAGAAAGUAUAUCCGGUUUAUGUAAUAUUUUCUGGAUUAUUUAUUUUUUAUUGAUACAAAGAUGUGUUUAAUUAAGAAUUAUUAUUAUUAUAUACAUAGUUAUAAUAAAAAUAUGUACUCGUAUUAUUCUUUAAUGUAAUUUAAAAAUCAAAGAAUAUUCUUAACAGUUCGGAAGUCUACAUGAGGAAGGUAAUAGCGAUGCGGAAGAAUACACAAAGGAGACAGAAGAUUAACUAUUAAAAUUGAUUUUUCCGAUUCUCAUGAUUAAGAAGAAUAAGCUUUCACUUCUCACGAUGACUCUUUUAUGUCACCUAAAUGGAAACUGUUAAGCAGAUGCAAGGAUUUCACCUACAAGUAAUCAUCGCACCGUGUAAUUUUACAUACCAUGGCAGUGGUUACUAUU